ACGUCACAAAGCUCAUUAAACUCCUUCUCCAUACCCAGACCUAUACAAUCUGAUUUGUCCCCUUCCAGAUCAACCCGUGGUGCUUCGAAACAGCGAAGAGAUCAGAUCAAUGUCGAAAUCCAACGACUUCGGGAUCUUCUGCCGCUGUCGGAAUCCAUCAAGGAUCGGCUGUUCCAGCUCCAAGUUAUGUCGCUGGGCUGCAUAUACAUUCGAAAGCAUCGCUAUCAAAAAACGAUAGCCGAAGACAGUGUGCCAUUACCCAAAGGACUGGAUUCAUGCAAGGCUCUGAGAGGGUUUCUCAUCAUGCUGAACAGAAGCGGAAAGUUGCUGCACGUGUCCGAUAACGCCAGCGAAUACCUUGGACAUUCUAUAGAGGAAAUCAUGUGCCAAGGCGAUUCAAUCUUCGACUUGGUGGACCCACGGGAUCAUCCUACGAUUCACAACGAGUUGAAUAGUGGACCCCAGCCGACAACCUCUUUCCCUGAAGAACGUGUAUUCCUAUGCCGUUUAAAUCUUGCUAGAACAGCUAAACGACAGCUACAGUAUCACAAGUUCAUCCUCCUACAAGGACGGUAUAUCCACCCAACAGAGUACUUUCAAGCAAUCGCUGGCACACCAGAAGCGAUUCAACCCGUCUUUGCUGCCUAUUGUCAACCGGUAAUCAAUCCGGAAAAUGCUGAAACGCUCUCCAUGGGCAAUACGGAUGUCUUCAGUAGUCAGCAUUUUCUCGAUAUGACGUUUAAAGAAGUCGAUCAUAUGUGUGCUCAUCACCUUGGAUACCAUCGUGAAGAGUUACGAGGACAAAGUUGGUAUACCUUGCUACAUCCUGCAUAUAUUCCUGAGGUCGCUUAUAAACAUCGAUUAUUAUGCCAAGAAAAGGAAGGAUCAGUACUGGCUCUGAUCAAAAUGCGAUCCGCAGAUGGCGAAUGGCUUUGGAUGCAUACAGUGUUUGCAGUCCGUGGUAACCUCUGCCAUGAAGUACAGGAAGGUCGACGAGUUCGGCACGUCAUUCACUGCUACUACCAGACUUUAAGUGGGAUCGAAGCAGCCGCACUGCAAGCGAACUCCUGGAUCUACAAUAUUCGUCAUACGUAUCCCGCUGCAUUUCCUUGCCAGAGUUCACCAACUCCGUCCUCAUAUCCUCAAUCGAUUGACCAGCUUGUUCCGUUCAUUAAACAAGAGCCGCUCACACAAAUGACAAUGAUACCAGCUUACGCAAACCCACCCGAAGGAGGUUAUAAUUUUCGUUGGUUCCAGAUAAAAGUCGAAAUUCCAAUGAAAACGAUGCCACCGAUCUCGAUGUUCACACCCGAGAGUUCGUCACCAGAAUCGUCCCCCUUCUUCUCAGGGACGAAUUUCAACUGUAUUCUUCCUUUAACACUCAAAGGAACUUUGCCUGAUCUCCGUGAUGGUCUCGAUGAUUUCUUCAGAGAGGUACGCGCUCGUUCUUCGGCAGCAGCUCCGAUGGCGACUACGGCUUCGGCAACUUACUCUCCUGAACAAGCCACUGAUCUCUUCAAAUAUCUUGGUCCAGCUCUUUUCGGUGGCCCAUCCGUUCAGACUAUGGAAUCAUUCCGAGUGUCGAACUCACUACCGAGUGGUGUUCACUGUCCGCGUAAACGAAGUUGGGUGGUCUGA